AUGUGUGCAGUGCUCGAAAGAGCGCCCGACGUGCAGCGGCUGCAUCCGGACCCAAAGACCGUGUCACUACAGCGGAAGAGCCGUGCGCUCGCCGUUGACCAGGGUGCCCGGCUGCACCGGCUGGAGCGGCUGUUUGCCCAGAAGCUGCCCAACGUGAACCUCGAAGAAGCCCUGGAGUCGGUCGACGACGACGAGUCCGAUGGCAGUCCGGCGGCGAACAGCAGCAGCCGAGCCUCGACAGCACGCUCGCUGGCGACGCCGGCCCCGAGCGCCGAGUACGGACAGCUGCCGGACGAGCAUAGCCGGUCCAUCGCAGACGCCGUUCCGGACGGUCCGGACGGCUUCGACUGGCAAGAGGACGUCAACGUGCUUGCCGAUGGCAUGGCCGCGCUCUCGGUCGAGCCAAAGGGCACGGGCUACCUGGGAUCCACGGCCGGGGUCUUCUUUCUUCGCUCUCUGCUCUUCUGGAUGGGCGAGUCCAAGGCCACGUUUGACACACACGUCGAGCUCGCCGGCCUGCUGUCACCUCGGUUUCUUCCAUCAUCCAGUCUGCUGUCUGGACCUUCGGCCCAGCUCGGCCAUGCGCAGCUCUCGCGCGACGUCCUCGGCCGACUCAUGGACGCAUACUUUGGCGUCUACCACCAGACAUACCCGUUCGUGCACGAGGCCACCUUCCGGGCUCAAUGGCACGAAGUCAUCCCGCGGCCGCAGAAACGCAGCUGGCAGAUGCUCCUCUACUCUGUCCUCGCCAUCGGCGCCUGGUGUCUGAACGAAGACCAGGGCGAGCUCGAGGACGAGCUCUACCACCACGCGCUCGCCUUUGGCGAGGACGAGUCCAUGUUUGAGAGCGCCAACCUCACCUUUGUCCAGGCCCUCGUGCUGCUCAGCAACCUGUCACAGAAGCGGGAUAAGCCCAACACCGGCUCCAACUUCCUCGGCCUGGCCGUGCGCAUGGCCCUCAGCCUCGGGCUACAUCGCGAGCUCCCCGACUGGGACAUCAACAUGCUGCAGCGAGAAAUGCGACGACGCGUCUGGUGGGGCCUCUUCAUCUUUGACAGCGGCGCUUCUACCACUUUUGGCAGGCCUAUCCUGCUGCCCGGCCCCGAGGCCAUGGAUGCCCGCCCGGUGCUGAACGUCUCGGACGAGCUUCUCACUGCCAGGACGGCCGAACUCCCGCCUGGGUCCUCGAGCCCGACCGUCUAUGCCGGCCUCAAGGCCCAGAGCGACUUCCACCUCACGUCGAACCAUAUCUCCAACGCGCUCCUGUCGGCCUCAGGCAUCGCCCUGCAGGACGCCUUGGCCAUGAACCAGUCUCUCGACGGCUGGUCCGACACGCUGCCGUCCUACUUCUCUUUGGCUGAGCCACCGGAAUCCAGCGACGAUUGGUACGUCUUCGCACGGUCGCGGCUCUGGUGGCGCUUCUGGAACCUCAAGAUCAUCCUCUUCCGCCAUCUUCUAUUGAGGCGGGCCGUCGACAGAAACCGCAGCCCGCCCAGCACAACCUCCAACCCGCUCGACGAGCAGGCAAUACAAGUCGCCAUCGAUGCGGCCCAGGCCACAAUCUCUUCCAUCGACAACUACCUCCAGAAUCCCAGUGCAACCCGGCUUGCCGCCUGGUAUUCUAUAUUCUUCUUGUUCCAUGCGUCGCUUGUUGUCGUCCUUGCCAUUCUUGGCGACCUGGAGUCCCCAAAUAUGGCCGCCUGGCAGUCAAGCAUGGACACCGUCCGUAAAAUCCUCAGGCACAUUCUUGGCCGACACCAAUUGGCCACGAGAUGUGCUGAUAUUCUUGACCAUAUCCUCCCCCCCGGUACCGAAAAUUUGGGACCUUUAUGGGGAGGGGAAAAUAUGGACGUAGCUGCUAUCGACUUCUCUAUGUGGCCAGCCGAUGCAGGAGACAUGUGGGGAGCGUUUGUGUGGCCGCAGCCUGGAGAAGGAUUAUGA